UUCGUCAUUCAGACAUCGUUGGCGUCGCAGAGUCCUCGUAAAGCCGAAAGUGAAACAGUUGUAUUUUUACUCGCGCGUAGUAUAAACAAAGUUGUGCUACUCCUGUGAAAAUGGCUAUUAGCAGACUAUCAAUUGUUAAAUUCUUGGAGUUGGCGCUGACAUGUGCUUGCGUCGCGCUUCACUACCACAGCUACAAUGCCGACGCAGACAUCGGUAUGCUUGUGACGGGUACCUUCAUCGGUUACCUCAUUAUCUUCGCUGGAGCUGCAGCAGGGUAUAUAAUGCAAACUCCAUCACACAAGCGUAUUGACAUCUUCUACUCUCUGGUCGGUGUUGGCUUAUUCGUCGCCAGUGGUGCUGUAAUUAUUGACAGAUACCAGCAUUAUGGAAAAAGUGAAAUCAAGGACAAGAAUCUCGCCAAGGCUUCUCUAGCAAUUAUCAACGGGGCUCUCUUGUUGAUAGACGCCGUGUUGACUCAACGCGGUGGCUAGAUGGCGCUUUUAUAAAUUGUCUUACAUGGCUGAAUGUUUUGUAAUUUUAUAAUAUUCUCACAAACGAUUCAUAGCUUUCGUCGGAUCAAUGUAAAAUAUUUUUAGGCUAUGAUGUCAGUAAUAUUGAAAAUUUCCGUCUUUGAUACUUUUCCGUCGUUGAUACUAUUACUGCCCGAUAUUUUUAAUAUAUUAUGAUUUAUUGACUUAUUUAAGCUCGAAUUGUAAUUAAUAUGGAUUUUAUGUGCGCUUUCUCCAGUCUACUGUAUCAAAAAUUUUUAGAUAAUGUCAAUUUUAAUAAAACUCAAUCACAGUCAAGAGCGUCCGUUUAUUAACUAGGUCUAGAUCAUAUUUAAGAGCUGUUUAAUUUAUUGUGAAUAUAUAAGCCAACAAGGCUUUCGCAGAAAUAUUUGUUGAAAAAUGUUUAUCAAGUUUUUUAUUUCAUUUUUGUUGAUUGAUACAUUUAAGGUUUCACAUUUAAUUUAGAUGCAUUUAUACUCCUAUGUAUUUUAUGGUGUUCGGGUUAAUGCAACUCUUAUCUCUAUUCUACC